AUCUCUUCUGUUUUUAUUGGUCUGUUGAGUGGGAUCCUCUACUACGAGUUCUUUCCCAGCGCCUGUGCGUUUUCCAUUUCCGUUUAGUUCUCACGCAGUGGGCUAACGAGCGUUGCUAGGCAACAACUCGGGGUUACUUUGGCUUGAGGUUGUGGGCCUACUUGGGGCGGAAGAAGUGCGCCGCCCCGGGCCUGGGUACUCAGAGAAAGGAUCCGGGUUGCUGACGGCCCUGGAGCGGAGGUGACUGGGACAUGUCAAGUAUCCUCGUCCCUCACAGCUGUGGGUUAAGAGCAGCCCAAACACAAGCAUCUUCAAAAAAACUUACAUGGGGUAUUUUCGAAAGUAGAGACGUAGGCCCCAUGUAAAUAAAAAUCACCCGUCUGUUCAGAUGCAGGAUUGAUGGUGGGGAUUAACAUUUGGAUUAUUUCAAGAUGAGCUUCCUGUUGCCCAAACUGACUAGCAAAAAAGAAGUAGACCAAGCCAUAAAAAGUACUGCAGAGAAAGUGUUGGUUCUCAGGUUUGGGAGAGAUGAGGAUCCUGUCUGUCUGCAACUAGAUGACAUUCUCUCUAAAACUUCUUCUGACUUAAGUAAAAUGGCUGCUAUAUACCUGGUAGAUGUGGACCACACUCCAGUUUAUACACAGUAUUUUGACAUCAGUUAUAUUCCAUCUACUGUAUUUUUCUUCAACGGGCAGCAUAUGAAGGUGGACUAUGGGUCUCCAGAUCACACUAAGUUUGUGGGAAGUUUCAGAACCAAACAAGACUUCAUAGAUUUGAUUGAAGUAAUCUAUCGGGGAGCCAUGAGAGGAAAGCUUAUUGUCCAAAGUCCUAUUGAUCCCAAGAAUAUUCCCAAAUAUGACCUUCUCUAUCAAGACAUUUAGCACAUUAACCACUGUUGGAAAUGAAGAGAAUGGCAUGCAUUGAAACAGUGCCUGAAUCCAGCUGUGCUGUUUUCUGAACUCCCUUAGAAAUGUGUUCAGUAUCCCAGAAGAGAAGAGGUGUGACUUGUGUGUAUGAUGUCUGGCCCCUGAGCAGAAGACCACCUGGCGGCACUCCCCGGUCUGAAGGGCUGAGCAUUUUCUCUCUGCAGGCCUCUAAGCAAUCAAGGGAACAGUGUUCAUUUUCCACAGGGUAGUUUUUCUCACUGUCCUGUAGACUGCUCUUCUUUGUCCCUCAAGAUGAUACAGAAUCCUUCUAGACAUUGCAAGUGCAGUUGACUUAUCCAUGUUAUCUGAUGCACAAGUAAAUGGAAAGUCAAUCCUGUAAGAGAAAAAGUACUUCUUCUCUAUCCUGUAUACACAUGCAAACCCCUGCCCAUUCUUCUACUCAUAUCCCUCCUACUCCCCCAGCUCCAGGCCUUUCUACUCCAAUCUCUCUUGGAAUAGUAAUUGUCUACUAAUAGUAGGCUUUUGGGGGAGGGGGGAAAUCUUUUGAACUGAGACUUUCAAAAAUGCCAUCCUGAGCCAGGCACAGUGGUGCACACCUGUAGUCCCAGCUGCUUAGGCGCUGAGGCAGUACUGCGUGAGCCCAGGAAUUCAAGGCCAACCUGGGCAACAAUGAGACCUCAUUUCAAAAAGCAAGAAGACAGGUAGUGGUGAAAAACUGUCUUGGUUGUUCUUGAUAAUAUAAACUAGAUUUUGUGUUAUUGCUCAAGAAGCAAGAACUUGAACAUCAUCCAGUACCCAGUUUGAGCUAAACAAAGACUUAACUACCCUUAGAGCAAAGCUUUCCCAGAAGUCUGAGUUGCUACCUCUUCCUGAGACAGAAAAUUGCAUUCAAGGGUUCAAGAUUGAAAAAAUGUUAGAAGUUCUAGAAAAAAAUAUCACCUUUAUAGGAGUUGCCAACCCUAAUGACUUUACAAAGAAGCCUUGCUCUUCAGAGUCCUCCUGGCACAGCCUUGGGCAAGUACUGCUUCUCUUAAGCCUCAUGGCAGCUCUGAAUACUGACUUUCUAGAAUGAGAUAAUGGACACUGAGCUACAGAAAGUGGAUCAGGCAACAUGUUAUCUGCCUGGCAGCCACUGCCUUCUUUACCAGCAGAAGCCCAUUUCUGUUCAGGGCAGUACUCACUACCUACUGACCCCUUUGCUAGGUGCUUCUGUCCAAGAUUGUCUCACAGGAGGGAUGGCCAUGAGACUUAAUUCAAGCUAAUGUGGCACAGAAGAAAGACUGCUGGGGGUUUAUGUGUCCUUUGCUGAUAAAAGGAGAGAGUUACUCCAGGAAUAAAGCAAAAGAAAAUCUUUUCACCACCACCUGUCUUCUGUCCUACCACUUCCACUUAGUUUAAAUCAUGAUGCAUGGAACUAUAGCAGCCAUUCUUAGGCUCAGAAGGCAACCAGCAUCAAUAUGAGAAAAUAAUAUGCUGAAAAGAACAAUGAAAGGGUCUGAUCCACGGUGACAUUAUUGAGUACCCGAGUGAAUUCUAUAUGUGCCUCUCUCCGGACUUCUAUGAAAGAAAAAAAAUAAUUCUUUACCUAAA